GGAGAUGCCGAUGCUGAGCUGGGCCCGGCACUGGCGGCCGUGCUGCUGCAGGUCUCGGCCUUUGCCUACCACCUGGAGGAGCUGCUGGAGCUGGAGAGCCGUGGGGCCCCAGCUGAGGAGGGCUCCGAGCCCCCUGCACCCCCACGCCUCAGCCUCUUUGAGCAGAAGCUGCGGGGCCUGGGUGUGCUGCGGGAGCUGGCCCAGUGGGCCGUCAGGUCAGUGCGGGACCUACGGCAGCUCGCCAAGCACGGCCCGGGCACCACCCUUGAGGGCAGUGGCACAGCACUGGGUCUGCCCGAGAGCCAGUGAUGGAGGU